GUCGUUUCAUUUGUUUCUACUCCAGUGGUAUUAUGGGCAGUGGUUGUAGGUAGUUGCGUAUUUAUUUUGUGACGCAAGAGCAGUAUAAUUGUCUGGUUUUCGUUAAAUAUUGAAGUUUCUUGUCAUUGUAAAUAUAUAAGUUGAUAAGAUGUCUUACGCCUAUUUAUUUAAGUACAUAAUCAUAGGCGAUACAGGUGUAGGAAAGUCUUGUCUACUGCUGCAGUUUACAGAUAAGAGAUUUCAGCCUGUUCAUGACUUGACUAUAGGUGUUGAAUUUGGAGCUCGUAUGAUCACGAUUGAUGGAAAACAGAUUAAAUUGCAAAUUUGGGAUACAGCUGGCCAAGAAGCGUUCAGGUCCAUUACCCGGUCAUACUACCGAGGGGCAGCUGGGGCACUGCUGGUGUAUGACAUCACGAGGAGGGAGACAUUCAAUCAUCUGACAACAUGGUUGGAAGAUGCACGACAACAUUCCAAUUCUAACAUGGUCAUCAUGCUUAUUGGAAACAAGAGUGAUCUUGAGUCACGGAGGGAAGUAAAGAAGGAAGAGGGUGAAGCAUUUGCUCGUGAACAUGGCCUCAUCUUUAUGGAGACAUCGGCCAAGACGGCUGCCAAUGUCGAGGAAGCGUUUAUCAACACGGCGAAAGAGAUCUAUGAGAAGAUUCAGGAAGGAGUUUUUGACAUUAACAAUGAGGCAAAUGGAAUCAAGAUUGGUCCUCAACAUUCGCCCACCAACCCAAGUCUUCCAUCAGGUAGCCAGGGCUCGAUGCAGGGGGGUGGCUGCUGUUAGGAGCUGGCCCGCCUCGCCCCUUGCUCCUAUUGCCCAGGGCUCUGAGUGAGGCCUCGGUGACCGACCGUCGUCCGACCGCUUCCCCCUUGCCUGCCCUCCCCCUCUCAUGCCAAGAUGGAUCAGAUCUGGAUGUAAAACUGUACCUUAAGGUAAAAACUGAUCGUUCACUUGAUGGACUGUCAUACAUUUAUAAAUAUAUAUAUAUAUAUAUAUUGUAGGAAGCUAUGAUUAUAUUCAAAACAUAAUAUAUUUAAAUUUGAAAUAGUUGUAAUUAAAUGAGUAUCUGAAGUAAUGAUGCUAGUAUUUGGUUUUGUGUGUGUUUUCUAUAUAUUCAUUGCAAGGAACAUUUAGAAAUGUGCCGGCGUGUUAACGUUAAUCCUUAAUUGUGAUAAUUUCAGAAGAUUUAAUUGCACUUAGUUCUAGGAAAUUUUUCAUAAGUCAUUUAGAAGUUUUUAUAAUUUUUUUUUUUUUUUUUCCAUCUUGUUCUUCUUCUUCAAGCAUUAGUCCAAAUGCCUUUCCUGGCUCCGUCAUUGCUUAACCUGUUGGUUGCUUUUUGGGUCACUGUAUACUACAUCCUGAAAGCUGGCGAUUGAGAAUUUAGCUCCAAAGGAAUGUAAGCUAAACAUAUUUCAGUGAUCUAAAGCAAGAAGUUCGUAUGAACAACGUUUAACAAAUGUCACACGUUUACUGAGGGGUCUUGUAUUGACAUUUUAGGCAGCACUGUUAUGUGGUAGCUUAUGCGUAAGGUUCACUUGCUGCAUUAGUGACAUUUAUUAAGAACCGUGUUGUAAUGUGCUCUUGUGUCAACCGUUGUAUGGUAUGAUAUAAAAUUGACAGUAGCUUAUAUAGGUAUAUAGCUUAUGUGUUGUACAAAUCAGUUAUCUUGGCAUCUGAACUGCUUAAUAGUGACCUAGACUCAGUUUUUUGCAGUG